UACCAAAAAAAUUAACGUAUUUUAAUUAGUCUCUUAGUUUAUUUGGGAAAUUCAAAGAUUUAUCGCACAAAAUUGCGCUACUUUCUUAAUCUAACCAUAGAAAUUGUAACAUUGACCAAUACAUAUACUAUGAAUUAUUUAAUAACGUUAAUUAUGUUUACGUAUAUAAAGUUGCAUUUCAAUCGAUUCCAAUUCAGGAUUAAUUGAUGGCGGUUAAUUUCAGUUGAUUAGAUUAAUUCACUGUGAAUGUUCAGUCAAUUCUAUCUGAAUUUUAUUCUAAUCAGCUGUUCAACGUAAGUUCUCAACCAAUCACUUUAAUUAAUAUAGCGUUAUAAUUCAAAAUGAAUAUAUAUUCAGUUUGUUAACUGAUAUGAAAAACACCCACCUUUAGUUUGUGUUUAAAUCAUCUUCAUGAUUAAAAGUAAGAAAAUACAGUUCGGUUAUAUCCUAGCCUUGUAUCUUAAUAGUGUAAUUGUUCUCAACACAUUUGCUGUACUUUAUUAACUACUACUCUUAAAUUUUGUUUUUCUGUACUGUUAACAACUAGAUAUUCAUUUGACAAAAUAAGUCUUAUUCACGGUGGUGCAUACUGAGAAAAAGUAUAUUUCAUAUUCUAAUAGGUUGCACUACUGACUAAAUUUCAUGAAUGAAAUCUAUUUGUUUAUCGUUAAAGUAGUUCGCUACUUAUUGUCUAUGUGUGGUGAUGAUGAUGGUAAUAAUUUUUAAAAAAUUGAAUGAAUCUAAAUGCCUAAAUUAAAUCAAUAAAAAAACAAUUAAAAUCGCGGACUGACAGAUGAUUACUUCAUCAUCGGUUGGUAUUUGUUAUUGGUGCUUCAGGGUAGUUUCCAAUCAAAAUCAACUGGUUUCAAGUACUGGAAAAGGUGUUCAAGCUGUUGAUACUGUCGACUUUUUUCAUUGUAAGCUUAGCUCAAUUAACAGCUGUUCGAGGUUGACAAUAUGCUAACCUUAUGGAAAUGUUAGUUUUAAUCUUGUAUUAUGGCCCAUUUAUUUUUCAGAUCUUACCUUCACACCGAAUAUCUUUCGAGUUAUAAUUAUGCUAUUUUUAAAUCUAACUUUUAUAACACUUCCUGUUUGUAUAAGACACGGUUAUGUGUGGGAAACGUACUCACAACUGUUACCCCUCGUAGAGGAGCAUUGACUGCUCAUUAGCAUUCUCCAUGCAACUCUGUCCUGAGCAAUUCUUUCCAGUUGCUAUCUCUCCUUUUCACGUCUGCUUCGAAUUCCCCGCAUAGUGUGUUCUUUGGUCUUUUUGUUUUGAGUUUCCGUUCAGAAUUCCAAGUUAGUCCUUGCCUCGUGAUUCAGUUUGAUGAUUUCCGAAAUGUGUGUCCUAUCUACCUCCAUCGUCAUUUCCUAAUUUCCUCCUCACCUGGAAACUGGUUUGUUCUCUCUCACUGUAGGUUGUUGCUGAUGGUAUCCGACCAACGGACAUUGAGUAUCUUAUGUAUACAAUUGUUUAUAAAUACUUGUACCUUUUUGAUGAUGGUUGUAGUAGUUCUUCACGUUUCAGCUCCGUACGGUAGAACUGUCUUGAUGUUCGUAUUGAGAAUUCUGACUUUGAUAUUGGUUGAGAGUUGUUUUGAGUUCCAUAUGUUCUUCAACUGUAUGAAUGCUGUCCUUACUUUGCUGAACCUCGCCUUUACGUCUGCAUCCGAUCCGCCUCACCCAUCGAUGAUUCUGUUCAGAUACGUGAAAGUUGUCACCUAUUGUAGAGUUUCUCCAUCAUGUGUGAUUUUGUUGUUGCUGUGCGUGUUGUAUUUGACGAUGUUGCUCUUUCACUUGAGUAUCUCGAGACCUACUGAUGCAGUGGCUGCUGCUGCAUUGUUUGUCUUCAUCUGCAUUUGUUUGUGUGUAUGGGAUAGGUGGUGGGCUAAGUUAUGUACGAAGUUCAAAUCUUCUAAUGAUUCCGAUCCGUCCAUUGUAUUCUGUGCUUCACUUGAGAUGUUAAGGUGUCCAUAAUCCAAUCGAUAUGCAGUUCAAAACUGGUAUGCCAGUACAUCCGAUUGAUGAGUCACGGUUAAGAUGAAGUGCAUAUCCGAGACCCAAAUGAUAGUACUUAUCCGACUUUUAUAAAAAAGUAAUCUAUAUUUGUUCCCUAAUUGAUUGAAUGCCUGAAGUUUUAUACAUGUAAAUGCGUGUACGCGUGUAUUUUUUUCCCUUUUUUUGAUUUUUUUAGGAAGUACACGCUCUGUCUAUCCACUAAACAUGUUUUCAUCAUCAGACGCGCUGAAUCCAUUUGCAGAUCCUACUACUACAUUGAGUAAUUCAUUACAACAUGGUCAACAAAUUACUAACAAUACUAAUCAACAUAGUAAUAGUAAUGUUACUGGACUAACUUCCUCGACAUUAACUGAAAACGAUCAUGGUAAUAAGUCUAAAUUAAUUGAUGAAAAAGAUGGUAUAUUGAAUGAUGAAAUGUUCACGGCAAAUUCAAAUGUUAAGUUUGAUGUUGGUGACAGUUGUCGGUCGCCUUUCCAUUCUCGAUUUCCAAAUAUAACAAAAGGUCGAAAUGGUGAAUUCUUAUCAUAUCAAAGUGUUAAUUCAAUUAAUAGUCAUUCUACUGGAGCAAUAUCGAAAGUUGAACAUUAUGAAGAUUUCGAAACUAUCGACUGGGUCAAAGAUGUUUCACGUGAUCGAUGUCGUCAUCGAGAACUUCAUUUGAACAGAAAAACAUGCUGUGGUUCAAUUAAAGCCUGUUGGGAUUCUGCUUCUGGAUGGUUUUGUGUAUUAUGUGUCGGUUUGUUAACAGGUUUCAUUGCUUGCAUCAUUGAUAUUGGUUGUACUUGGAUGUCUGAUUUAAAAGAGGGUGUUUGUCUAGAUGCAUUUUGGUUCAACCGUGAACAGUGUUGUUGGUCAUCAAGUCAAGCAGAUGAUGUCUGUGAUCAAUGGUAUUCAUGGUCUCGUCUUUUUAUGAACAAAGAUCCAACUGGUGAAUAUCCAGAUGCUUACUUUGUUGGUUACAUAUUCUACAUCAUUUAUGCUGUAUUAUUCGCUCUAGUUUGUGUAUUUCUUGUUCGUAUGUUUGCUCCUUACGCUUGUGGUAGUGGUAUUCCUGAAAUCAAGACUAUUCUUGGUGGAUUCAUUAUACGUGGUUACUUAGGGAAAUGGACUCUUCUGAUAAAAUCGAUUGGUAUGAUUCUUGGAGUAAGUGCUGGUUUAAAUCUUGGUAAAGAAGGACCCAUGGUUCAUAUGGCUGCCUGUGUCGGAAAUAUAUUUGCACAUUUCUUUCCCAAAUAUGGUCAAAAUGAAGCUAAAAAACGGGAGAUCCUUUCAGCUUCAGCAGCUGCUGGAGUUGCCGUUGCAUUUGGUGCACCAAUUGGUGGUGUUCUUUUUUCACUAGAAGAAGCUAGUUAUUAUUUUCCAAUGAAAACAAUGUUCCGAUCGUUUUUCUGUGCUAUGGUAUCAGCUAAUGUUUUGCGUAUUUUAAAUCCAUAUGGUAGUGAUAAUAUGAUUAUGUUCUAUGUCGAUUAUCAAGCACAAUGGCAUGUGAUGGAAUUAAUUCCAUUCGCUUUACUCGGUUUACUUGGAGGUAUUUUUGGUACAGUAUUUAAUCGAGCGAAUUUGUAUGUCUGUCGUUUGCGUAAAACCACCUGGUUAGGUAAAUAUCCUGUUCGUGAGGUACUUAUUGUUACGCUAAUUACUGCUGUUCUUUCAUUUCCACAUACUUAUCUUCGUAUGAAUACCAGUGAACUGAUUAAACUUUUAGUUAGUCGCUGUUCUCCAGGAUCUGAUUUCUCUCUGUGUAAUUAUCAUUAUAAUACAAGUAAUCCAAUGACUAAAGUAUAUCAGAAUUAUCCUGCCGGACCAUCAUUGUCUACAGCAAUGGUAUUGUUGGCAAUCGCAUUGAUUUUAAAACUUAUUCUAACAGUCUUCACAUUUGGUAUCAAAGUACCGACUGGUUUAUUUAUUCCAUCGUUAGCAGCUGGUGCAAUUAUGGGUCGUAUGUUGGGUAUAGCUACUGAACAACUUGUUGUAGCGUAUGCAUCACAUCCAUUUAUUGUUAAAAUGUGUAAAUCUUCUCAACCGUGUAUUAAUCCGGGACUUUAUGCUAUGGUUGGAGCAGCGGCUACUCUUGGUGGUGUGACUAGAAUGACUAUAUCAUUAGUUGUAGUUAUGCUUGAGUUAACUGGCGGUUUAAAUUAUAUAAUUCCAUUAAUGAUUGCAGCUAUGGUUAGUAAAUGGACUGGUGAUCGAUUAACAAAUGGUAGUAUUUACGAAGAGCAUAUACGAUUAAAUGAUUAUCCAUAUCUUGGAUCGUAUGAUGAAUUAGAUAAUACAUUAGUAGCAGCUGAUGUAAUGCAUCCACGUAGAGAUUCUAAUUCCCCUCUAUAUGUUGUUACACAAUAUGAUAUGACAGUUGGUGAUCUAGACCAAUUGGUUAGUAGAUGUGAUGUUAAAGGAUUUCCUGUUGUUGUUUCACAAGAUUACCCAUACCUAGUUGGAUGGGUUUCAAGAAGAGAGUUACGUUGGGCUUUGGAUCGUGAAAGAAAAUAUGAUUCAAAUAUUGUCGAUGAUUCGCCAGUUCAUUUUGCCACAUUUCAGCAAGUAUAUGCAGAUGAUAAUCAGGAAUUGACACCUGUCAACUUACAAAAUAUUGUUGAUUUGUCUCCUACAACGGUAUCGGAUCAUACACCGAUGGAAACAGUUUUGGAUUUCUUUAAAAAGUUGGGCCUCCGACAAAUCAUUGUUACACGUAAUGGAUGUCCUCUUGGUGUAUUGACUAAAAAAGAUAUACUUCGUCAUGUUCGUCAUCACAAUCCAAAUAAUCGUUAAACAGUAACUUUAAAAUUUUAACAUAACAUUGUUAAUAUCCUUCCGGUUAUCUACUAUGAUUAUUUUUUGUUCUUCUCUAUACAUAAAACACAUGAAUAUUUGUUCGUUUAUUUAUUUAUUUGUUUCAUUUAACGGAUAAUUUUCAUUGGUUUUUAUUGCACAUUCUCCCUCCAUAAUCCGUCAUUAUAUAUAAUCUGUAAAAUCUUCUUAGAAUGAUUACAUAUUCUUUUCAAAAAUUAUCUACGAAUGAUAUAUGCUUUUAUACGUAAUGUAUAAUAAAUGAUCUCUCCUGUUCUAU